GUUAGUGCUAGCAAUUAAAGCGUAUCUUCUACCCAGGCCUCAACAUGAAAAGCGAUGAAAAAAUAAUCCGAUUAUUAGCGUGGAUGAAGAGGUAUCAAACGGCGCUAUGUGCGAAAUGAAUAGAAUAGAUCAUACGUGGGGAUAAAAAGUAAUAUAGUGCCGAGUGAGUUACAUCAUGGUCAAUAGCACCAGAGAUGACUCGAGAUUAGGACACAGACAAGAAAAAUGCCUUUGACCGAUCUCCUUGUGCUCCGAGAAGGAGCUGCCCGUAUGAGAUGACGUACUCACUCUCGGGGCUCUGAAGAGGGCUACGUCUCCAUUCGUCAGAGGAGAAAGGCCUGGAAGAUACGGUCGCUCUUUCAGCGAUAGGAGCAGAAGAAAACGAGGCAACGAAUCUCCUUCACUGCGCUUCGAUAGAACGUGUUGUAGCAAUACUUCAGGCAGAGAUAAAAAAAAGCUCCUACUCAGACCUGACAACAUCAACAACCAGAACUAUUUUCUAGUUCAUCCUAAUAUUACCUCCGAGUCCGAGUCCAAGUAGUUCUAGUACUACGGCUACCACGACAAGAUGUACGUCGAAGAGGUCCGCAUCGACGGGUUCAAGUCGUACUCGACAUUGGUCAAGGUGGGACCAUUUGAUCGCCAAUUCAAUGCCAUCACGGGUCAGAACGGAACGGGGAAAAGCAACAUCCUCGACUCCAUAUGCUUCGUGCUCGGAAUCACAAAUUUGUUUAUGGCAAUGCAUGGUGAUACUUUCAAGGGUCAUAAGUACUUUCUGUAGUUGGAUCUCCUAGGAAUCUGCCAUACAACAUGCACUGCUUAAGUAGAUUGCAUCACACUGCCUAUGAUACGUAUACUAGAUAGUCCUUCUAGCUAGAUACCGAAUAGAACUGUUUUACUUUUUGCUCCCGUACUUCCAGUACAACUACCGCUACUACUUCUGCCCAUUGUUCUCCUCUAAUUUUUCUCAAGUCCGAGUGGCUUCUUUGAGCGAAUUGGUGUACAAGCAGGGACAAGCCGGCGUAACCAAAGCGAGCGUCACUGUGGUCUUCAACAAUGAAGACAAAGCCAAUGCUCCGAUUGGCUAUAAAGAUCCGGAUAAGAUCGAGGUGACUCGACAGGUGUUAUGGGUUUCGGAGUAGUGAGGAAAAAGAUAAAGUAAAGGCACUUCUAAGAUGUUUAAGUAGAAGCUCACCAACGAGGAGAUGGACCUCUUUCUACCCCUCUAAAAGUCGUCAUCCAAGGUCGUAACCGAUGGUUCAUCAACAACCAAGCGAAGCAACAGGGAGACGUCGCCAACCUCUUCCAGAGUGUCCAGCUGAAUGUGAACAACCCACAUUUCCUUAUCAUGCAAGGUCGGAUUACGAAGGUAAUCAAUAUGAAGCCACACGAAACGCUAGCCAUGAUUGAAGAAGCAGCAGGGACAAAGAUGUAUGAGGUACUUACAUAGACAAGAAUACAAGUACUUAGUACAUAGACAUAGACAAUAUUACUUUUGAUGACAUUCGUUUUCGUUCAAAUCAUGAUGGUUCGCUGGGAUGAAUUUCAAGUUUCUACUUUUGAUUUCUAUGUUGAUCGAAGGUGCAUGGCAAAAAUGUCAAGACACCUUUUCGAACCGCCUAUCUCCCUACCUCCAGGUGAAGAAACAGCAAUCGUUGAGGAAUUUGGAGAAAAAGAAGGGGAAAGUGGAUAAUAUCAAUCGAGUACUGGAAGAAGAGAUCUCGCCGACGAUAAAGAAGCUUGAGCAGGAGAAGAAAAACUUUCUUCAGUGGUCAGCAAAUAAUCACGAAAUCGAGAGGUACAACUACAACAUUGUGGUUUUUUGUUGUUUGCGAAGAGCUUCUCUAGGAAGGGGUGCUCACAACAAUUUACAUGUUAGAUUGUUCUCAUCUCAUUCUACUUCGUCUGCAUCUUCACGUAAGUAUUUCAUUUUGUUUCAGAAAAAUCUUCACAUAUUUUUUCGUAGAAUUUAAGUUGGCUUAGAAAACUUUGAUUUUUCUAUUCGAUUUUAAUCAAACGUGGAUGAUGAUCAUGAUUAGGAUUUCCGAAUGCAGGCCAGAAUAUUAAAAAUUUGAUUUUAUUCCGUUUUACUUCAAUUUCAAAUCAUAGGAACAUAGAAGCGCUGAGCCUCGAAACCUCAGCUGUAACGUGAUUCUAUCCAUAAUUCUUGUCAGAAAACCCAAAAAUUUUGAUUUUAUUCCGUUUUAAUUCAAUUUCAAAUCAUAGGAACACAGAAGCGCUGAGCGUCGAAAUCUCAGCUGUAACGUGCUUCUAUUCAUAUUUCUCGUCAGAAAACUGAAAAUUUUGAUUUUAGUCCGUUUUAAUUUAAUUUCAAAUCAUAUGCUCCUUAUUUGAGAAUCUAUUCUCAAUUGUGAACAAGUGAUACUUAUCAACACAAGGUUGAUGCGUUUCAAUAAUGCUGCCGACUUUUUGGGCUGGAAGAAGAAAGAAGAAGCUGCGCGGGGUGAAAAAGAGGAUGCUGCCAAAAUGUUGGAGACUCGAGUUAUGUUGAGGCAAUCUGAAACUCUUUGACGAAGAGGACAUAAUUAAAGAGCUUUGGUUUUCUUUUUUCAAAUUCGAACCGUUUAGUUUGAGCUGCUCCCCAACCCUCUCCUCUUAAAACAUGAGUUGGACGUUGGUCGUCGGUUGCGAGCUUCAUUGUAUGAAAAGAAUGAAUUGUAGACGGUAAGCCCUAGCAGCUCUUCUAAUCCAUUAGAAGAAAGAACCACGCUGGGAGCUCGGUUAGAAGCACUUGCCGAGGAGAUGAAGGAGAAAUUGGCUGGCAGAGAAGAAGGAGAUGAAAUGAAGGCUGCUAAAAUUAAGAGCGUCCUCUACUUAACUAUUUCUACAUACUGUCUAGUACACAUCACGUCACCGUCACCGUCUAUUACACACCGACUUGUUAGGUGUACUACUGGCAGCAUCUCCUCCUCCUGCACACAGAAGUACUUAGAAAUUAGAUCUUCCUUGCGAAAAUCUCCAUACAGUGACUCUAUUUCUUCUAUCAGCAUAAGGUUUAUCCAUCUGACUGACGUCUUCCCACAAAGCCUUCUCUAAAACGAAGCAACAGAAAGAUCUGAAGGCGGAAGUGAAGAAAGCGGAAAAUACGCUAGCGAACAAGAAGGCCAGCGCUGUAAAUUACGGCUACACAUUAACAUAGCAACAACACGAAUGAAUCAAGAUCAACAGCGCUGUAAAUAGGCAAGAACAUCAACAAUGAAUCUUUCUCAAAAAUACGAUAAACAUAAAGACAGGUCAAAUCAAAUGCCGGUAGGAGGUAAUGCUGAUGGCUCUAAAGAAAAGAACAAAAGAAACGCGAGAAGGCGGAAAAAGAUUUCAAGGAUGUCGAGGUACAUACGUGUAGGUAGUUUGUUUUGUGUAUCCUUCGAAGGAUUGAAUCCUGGAUUUUUCUGAUGUUUUCUCUUCAGCACUAGCCCCUUUGUAGUCAGAAUAUAUCCGUGAUGAUAUAGGUUGAGGUGUGUUUAGAGAAGAUUUAUCGUUACCUCAUAAGUAGAGCAUGCUGAUAUCCGUAUGUUGCCUGAAAUAUAGUGUAAAUGUAACCUACUCUUUUGUUCCCUCACUCCACGACCUGCAGAUGUGACCACUUCUCUUCUUCCUCGCACCACCUACAGGCAACCAGAGAACAGAAGACCGCCCAAGUAGCAGAGGCUGCGAGGAAACGGGAUGAGCAGAAGAGUAAAAUGGACGCCUUUACGCAUGAAAUAGCAGAGUUCAAGCGGAAGAUUCAAGCGCUUUCAGCCGGCGUCUCAGAGAAUAACGAAGAGGGUGCCAGUGUCCAUCAGCAGGUGCUUGACGUCCAGAGGCAGAUCCAGGAACAUGAAGGUACUUCUUUCUAUAGAUUAUUUGCAGUACUGGUACUAGCCGACGUCGUACACAGCUUACUAGUACGACAGGAGGGGUGAUUUGCUUCGAUCUAGACUCUCAACUACAUUUUUUUUUUUUAACAGCACACGGGAACACAUAGUACAUAGGCACACCAAAAAAACUACGUCGACAAAUGAUCCUCGAUUCAAUUAUAAGUAUAUCAAAACUGUCUGGUACGUCCUGGUCCUCCACAUCUCCUCCUCCACCACACAAAUAUCAAAGGUAAAAAGUCCCGUGCUGGCUUGAAGAAGAGAGCUUUGCUUCAAGACAUUCCUGAGCAGGAAAAGAGAAUGAAAUCGCUUCAGAGUGACAUAAAAAAGCAAGACGAGAAUAUCGCUAAGCUUGAACAACAGAUGGAAUCCGCAAAACAUAAACUCGAAAGUUGCGGUUUCACGCCAGAAGAGUACUGCAAGCAACUUGUUCUUGUUGUUCUGCUCAGAUACUCGAAUACACUCAGAUAAUAAUAUGCGAGUAAGUAACUGAGAUUAUUCCCUAGCAUAAUCGGGUACUUUAGUCUUUCGAUUAAUCGGAACCACAAUAAUUAAUGUUCUUGUCGCCUCUUCUUCGCGUUGUUCAUGACCAGCAUGAUGUUGGUGAUAUUUGUCUCGAAAGUAACUAGAUUGCUGCACCCUAACUCCCAUACCUCCCAUAAUAACAGGCGAGACGAUUGCACCCAGAAGUAUGAGAAUGCGAAAGCGCAGAAAAACCAGCACUGGAACGCUAUGCAAGAGAAGGGCAUGUGGAGGAGAUAUGAAUCCUACAUAGCGGACUACACACCACCUCCAGGCUUCGAUAGGAGUCGAGUAAAGGGCAGUGUGAUACAGCUGUUGAAGGUAGUUUCUCUUUCUUUUGUGGGGAUUGAGUAAAAGUACUGACUAGAUAGAUUGAUGACCCUAUUUUUGAAGUUUUUCUUCAUCACGUUGAUGACCUUUCUCUUUCCAAUCCAUACAGAUAAAAGAAGGGUAUGAAGAUUGCAUUGACGCCUUUGAGAUUAUGGCUGGUAACAAGCUGGCUAAUGUCAUCGUUGACGGACCCGAGACAUCAAAACUGCUUAUCGCCGAGAAAUGCAUGAAGCAUCGUACUACUUUUGUGCCGUUGGUGGGGUUGGAGAAAAAUUUAUGGUUUGGUCGGGAUGGUCGUGCCCAUGGAUCAAGGGAAAUAUAUUUUCUUAGAUCUUUAUAGAUAGGUGGAGAAAUCUCGAUGUAGAUAACAAGUAAAGUUGGCUCGUGACCUCCGCAAGAAUAAUCAAUUUGAUACUCUCUGUCUGAUAUUAGGACACUUAGCGAGGCGCGCAAGCGCAUACAUCAUAUGUUGGUGGAACAACAACAACUUGUAGUUGUCAACAAGUCUACUUGCAGAUGAGUAACUUAAAGGUCACUACUAGUACAACUUUAUCAACGACUGCCCUAAUUCUGCCUUUGUCUCAGAGGCGCUUGGAUCGUGCGAGGGAAAUAGCGGCUCAGAAGGGCUGCAAGAAACUAAUCACGCGGCUUAUCUUAUGAUGACCAGCUCUGAAGCUGUACUUACUUUCUUUUAUACAGUUCCACUAUAUUUAGAAAUUUAGACUUUGAAGCGUCCUCGGUAUACCUCAUGACUACAUGAUGAUGAUGAUCUAAGAAGAAGCGUAAACUCAAGUGGUUCUUGAUGUUGAAAAUAGACUACUUCUGCAACUAAGUACUUACAAACUACUACUACAGUUACUUCCUAUAUUAUCAUGCUGCGCAAUAUAAGAACUCAAGGUAAUAAAUUCCCUCCCCGUAGGGGCUAUAUCGCCCUCCUGACGGUGAAGAUGUUGCCCUUAAAUUUCCUUCCGAUCACGCCAAGACCGUGGGUCUUAUGGCGUGGCUUCUCUUCUAACGUGAGACGUAAUCCAGUUCCCCAGCGACUUGCGAUCCGCUUUUGAGUUCCUCUUCGGCAAUGUCCUGAUUGUCGAGGACACGGCUCACGCUCGAGCGAUCUUUGACCACAAAGAAGUGAGCACAGUCUGCGUGACUAAGGUAUUUUUAGCUACUUACUCAGCGCAUUUCUAUGCAAGCAUAUUUCAUGAACAGGGUUACUUCUACGGUUGUACUCAAUUUCAUUCUAUGUGUAACUCGUUGGAAAUUGAUAGCACUAGUUGUACUAGUGACUACAAACGUUAUCCAAUCCAAUUCUACAUUUCCACUUGUUGCUCCAACGGCAACAUCUAUCCCAAUCCAUGUUCGGACUCUCAGCUCGGCGACACGUACAAUCCAUCGGGACUUGUAAGCGGUGGUGGCAAGCCACAAGGUGCUGGUAGACUGCGUCAAUUUGGAGAGUACAGGGAACUAAAAUCGCAAUAUGCUAAGAUUGAAGAGACAAUCAAGUCUUUAUGAAGAUUCUAUUGUAAGAACGCCAACUAGUACUAGUAAGAGGACCAUUGAGAUUGAUUGACAUUGAGAUUGUUUUUGGAAGUUCUGCUUCAAAAUCUUCUUAUUUCGAGGUGUCUUUGGGGGAUUCCUCCAGUAGUUUGGAAGACCACCAGAGCACAGACCUCCUUCCUCUACUUCUUCACGAAAAUAAUGAACCAGUUUGCUCUCACUCUCCUUCAUCUAAGACAAGAAGAGGCACGAUGGGCGCAACUAAUGGCAAAUCAGAGCAAGUAUCGCAAGCUAGACGACGAUGUUCGUAUAUUGCGAACAAAGCUCGAAGGCCUCUUCGAACUCCGGGAAACGUCCACGGGUGGGCAGGUGGAAGCGCAAAUUCAAAGAAUGCGAUUGGAAUUGCAGGAGCUGGAAGCUUUUUUUUAUGGCAGAUCCAGAUCCAUCGUUCGCCGGUGUUUUUAGAUCAUGGUAUCUCAGUAGUAGACCAUAGUACAGCUUCUAAUCCCUGGAAUCCUACGACAGCCAUGAGGAGACGCUCCAGCGGCAGUUCCAGUCUUUGAAAAAAGAGCAGGAGACUCUGAAUUCGUCAGCAGGAGACCGACAGAAGCAGUAUCAGAAAGAGAUAGAACUGCGAGAAAAGGAGAAAAAUUAUGGUCAUUUUUUCUCCAUCUUUCGCGGCAUCUUGGUUCCCGCCCUUUACCCUGUUGUAUUCUCAUGGAAUACAACGACAAGGGCAAGGGGUUCAUCAACAUGAGGAAGCCGACAUAGUAAAUACUUAGAAACUGACUGCUCAGCUCUAAACAAAGCCAGUUGAAAAAGAACUAUCGAAAGCAGAGCUGGAGGUCGGGCGCCUGACAGGCGAACAACAGUCAACUGAGGAAGACUCUUUGCGUGCGCAUAAAGCAGCGGAAGAUGCUCAGAAAGCAUAUCAUUACGAAAGUCAGAAACAUUUCAUGAUCUUCGUACUAGUGUCUAUUCUUGGACCCCAUCAGGCCAAGACUAACUCCAAGAUACUUCACGACAAUCCUCUUCUAAUCUCCCACCCUCGAGACUGAAUGCGAAAAUCUUGCGGGAGAGCUGGAAACAAACAGGAAGACACUAGAGGAGAUAAACGCGAAAGUGGAAGAAUUCGAAGAUACGGUAAAGCGCUGCAGCGCAGAAGUCCUCGACCUCCAAAAGGAGAAGAGGGAAGCAGACAGGAGAAUGACAGAUCUCGAAUUGGAUUAUGAAGACGAUAUCUUAAUCAUGUGUAGAGGUUGUUGUAGCGUGUUGCUGUAGAAUGUCAGGGUAGUUUUUUUGUUCUUUUUGCUUUUCACAAUCACAUCAACAUAACCCGAUUUCCAUUCAUGUUCUUGGUCUAAUCCAAAUUGGUGUGAUUCGUCCUCUAAUCCAAAGUGAAGCAUGCAGAACAGACCCUAGAAAAGGCGACGAAGGACGUGAAGGAGUCUGCAGGUGUCGUGCAGGCAUGGCUCAAAAAGCAUCCAUGGAUAAUCAAGGAGUUAUGACAGAUGAAAUUAAGUAUUUAAGUGUUGACUUGCAGAAUAACCGACUUUUUCCACACUUUUAGGGACCUUAACACACCAACAAAAACAAAAAUGUCACCCUGUUGCAACUCGUCUCUGUCCUGUAAUCAGGAUCUUGUUCAUCUCGUGUAAGAUAAGAUUUUUGGCUAUCUAAGGUUCGCAAGAGUAUUUAAGUGUUGAACGUCUUGGGCAACUCGUCCAAUUAAUUGCGGCAGUAGGUGGAUAGGAUAAUAUCCGAAAGGGGGAUAGGUAUGAUCCACCUGUCCUUUUACUCUUCUAAUCCCCGAGCCCUUCUUUGGGAAGAAAGGGUCUGACUUCGAUUUCGAGCGGACCUGUCCUAAGGAAGCGAAACGCAGACAGACCGAUCUGGAAAUGCAACAAAAAACGCUUUCAAGAGGGGUCAACAAAAAGGUGAUGACGCAGUUCGAGUCGGCGCAGAGACAGUUAUGGUUGGAGUCAGUGAACUAUUUUAGUGACUAGUGUUCGGAACACAGUACUAGAGAUCCACCUGUCUUUCUACUUCUUACCACCUCUACUUAUCUAAGUCUAAAAAAAGGUAGAAGAACAAACCGAAACCCAACAUCAACAACUAGUACCCAGUGUGGAGCUACUCAUACUCUCAUUUUUAUCAUUUUCUAAACGACCACGACGAGCUGAUUUCCAAGCGCAACAUCCUUGUGAACGAUAAGCAAAGUAUAGACCAGCUCAUAGAGGAUCUCGAUAAAAAGAAGGAGACCGCUUUGCGAGCUACGUGUGCUACCGUCAACAAAAACUUCGGCGAAAUUUUUGCAGCGCUCUUGCAUGGCGCAUUUGCGAAGUUGGAAGCGCCACAGGAGAUGGAUGAGCUAGAAGGCCUGGAGAUUAAAGUGGCUUUCAACGGCAAGUGGCAGGCCUCCUUACAACCGCUUAGUGGAGGACAGAAAUCCCUUUAAGGCUAGUAUAUAAGCUCUGUAUCCCUACAUACUAUCCCAACAUGUGGACUAUGGAUGCUGAGUGAAGUCCCGCUUGUUUUAAAAAGAGCGUGAGAGUGAGAGUUGACCUUAAGCACCCCUUCAUGUUCUAGCUCCUCUCUGUGCUCAAUGAUCAGGGGCUUCUCGUUGUGGUUUUGAAGCUCUGUAUCCCUAAGUACAUACUAUCCCAUGUGGACUAUGGAUGCUGAGUGAAGUCCCGUUUGUUUUAAAGGGGAAAACAGUGGGGACGAAAAGGGGAAGAACUCAUUCAACUACCAGGCAUCAGGUAUAGUGAGUGGGGAAAAGGGAACGGAUUCAACUACCAGGCAUCAGGUAUAGUGAAAAACUAGCGCCGCUAAUCCUUGCUAGCAUUAAGCUUAGUGCUCGCUCUGUUGAAAUUCAAACCGGCACCGAUGUACAUCUUGGACGAGGUGGAUGCUGCUUUGGAUUUGUCGCAUACGCAGAAUAUCGGAAUGAUGAUCAAACAUCACUUCCCUCAUUCGCAGUUUAUCUUAUGACACCAAGAAUUGAUCUACUUCAGUAGUCAGUAGUCUUUGUUGUGGUAGAAAGAGAAAUAGAAUCUGACACUCGAGUAUUCUCGCCAACUAGAACGAACCAAUGAACCGACCAAACAAUUCAUGUGGAGCACUAGAACCAGCCAACCAAUUCAGCUGCUAGAAGAAGAUACAAGUGCGAUUCCAAAAGUGAGUUUCUUCGAAUACUAUCAUGUUAACCUCCACGCAGCUGACGCUGAGGUGGGUGCAAGAAGUGCAAAGGGCUCCUUUUCCCCAACAGUAAAGAACCUCUACUUCUCCGACCCCAAAUCUGAUCUCUAAUCUCCAUCGUCAGUCUCAAACAGGGUAUGUUCGACAAUGCCAACGUGCUGUUUAGGACCGCAUUCGUCGACGGCUGCUCCCAAGUCACUAGGAAGGCUAUUAAGCAAGACACCAAGCCUAAGGACAAGGACGGCGCAGUGGAAGAAAAGGGUGCUGAUGGUGACGGCCAGAGGAAAACAAAGCGACGAAAGCCGGGUUUGGAUGCGGGCAACCUUUUGGGUGCCUGAGAUGAAGGAAUUUAACACUAUGAAGAUGCCCUCGUCGUGAAUCCUUAAAUCCCUAGUACACACUUACUGAUGCUGAUGAUCACAACUAGCGCAGAAGAAAAGAUCUUGUUGUUUUGAUGAUUACAUUUACAUUUACAAGCCACUAGAACUACGAAGAACUUAUCAAAUCACACCUACAUCACUAAUAUUAGGUGAAUAAAUAAAGUCAAAUUAAGUAACCCACACUGAAUCGGUCGGACCAGGCGAAGAAGCAGUGUAUUUGCGAAGUUAAUACGAACUAAAUUUAAUAGCCCCAACAACAUGAGUAGAGCAUGAGAGGUUCGACGACCACACGCACAUACAUAUGUCCGUCAAGUUGGACUUCCUACUUCAACAUAAUUUGCUAGUCUUUUUUUGCACUUGUGAAUGAACUUUUUUGGUGCUCAAUCAAAACCAACAUCUUCAUCAUAGGUAGUGAUCCCGAACCCAGUAGCGGGUUGGUCGGUCCUCGCAUUCAGAUCAUCCUAUGUACUUGUGAAGAACAUAUUCGCUCCACCACAAGAAGAACCGACGCAUAAGUCUCGUUUUUUUUGGAUCGAGCAAGACCCACUCCUCGAC